UCGCUCUCACUCACGCACACAGGCGUGCGCGCGCACACGCACACGCGCACACAUCCACACGCACACACAGGCGCUCGCGCCGUCUCUCCGCGCAGCCUGACGCAUAAACGCUCCGGUUAACCUCCGCGAUCGCUACAAUGGACCUAUUCGAGCUGGACUUCUUCAGGGAGUGGGAACUAGAGCAGCAAUGCCAUUAUGAGCAGGACCGUUCAGCGCUGAAGAAGAAGGAAUGGGAGCGUCGCACACAGGAAGUGCAGCAGGAUGAAGAUUUGUUCUCCACCGGCUUCAAUCUGUUCGGUGAGCCAUACAAGACAAACAAAGGUGAUGCCCUGGCCAACCGAGUUCAGAACACAUUGGGUAAUUAUGAUGAGAUGAAGGAGCUCCUGACCAGCCAUUCUAACCAAAGCCACCUGGUGGGCAUCCCUAAGAACUCAGUUCCACAGACCCCAGUGGAGAAAACUGACCAGCCCACCUUCUUCACCGAAGCUCAGCGUGGCAGAGCCGCCUCAUCCCAGCCAGCCAACCACACGACCUCAAUGCCUCCUCCACCUACCACCAACAUGGCAGGUCCAAGCAUCCUUCAUGGACACCAGAGCACCAAAAAGUCUCGUUCCUCUGACUGGUCUAGGGGCGCACACGGUCCAGGUAGCAGCCAGGCGACACAAGCUGCCAGCCGAGGAAAACAAAGCUCCAGUGGGCAUGAACAGGAACAGGGUGACUCGAGCCCUGGUACUUCAUCCAUGUCCACACACCCCAGCAGGAGGCAUGGGCAGCCAGCCAAGGUGCCCACUGUUGCCAGCUCACCCUGCGAGCAGGACUCAGGGUCACCAGUGGCCUCGACUUCUCUGGUGCCCGGUGGUCUGUCCACGCCAACAUUCCCCCAGGGACUGCACUGCAAGCCCAGCAGCGGAGGACAGCAGAAACCCACCGCCUAUGUCCGACCUAUGGACGGCCAGGACCAGGCGCCCAGUGAUUCUCCUGAACUCAAGCCCACUCUGGAAAUCACGGAUGGAUACGGCGGAACACCAUUUACAAGCCUGAUAGAUGGCAAAGGCAACGCAGUAGGGAGCAAGGGCAAACUUCCCAAGCUGACGCUCCCUCAAUCAGGGGAGGUCAGUCUGCCCAAUGACUCCAGCUGUGUGGAGGAGAUUUUGCGGGAAAUGACCCAUUCCUGGCCUCCCCCGCUCACUGCCAUACACACACCGGGCAAAGCAGAACAGACCAAGUUUCCCAUUCCCAACAAGGACCCCCAACACGUCACACCAGCAUACAAUGGACAAAAGCGCUGCACGGUUCCCAGUAACAAGCCCUCGACCAAGCCGGUCCCACAGAAGUCAAUGCUAGAAGAUGACCUGAAGAUCAGCAGCGAUGAAGAAGACAGCGAACAGGCUGCAGAGAAACCCAAAACCAGGAGCACACCUCCAAACCUUCCAGGGCCCACACCACGGAGCAGCGAUCCAGGUGGCCACUCCAGCGGGGCUUCUGGGAGUUCCAGUGAAUCAGAAAGCAGCUCCGAGUCCGACUCUGACAGCGAAAGCAGUUCCAGUGACAGCGAAUGCAACCGAGCGUCCCGCGCCACUACACCAGAGCCUGAACCACAAUCAACAAACAAGUGGCAGCUGGAUAAAUGGUUGAACAAAGUCCAUCCUCACAAUAAGCCCCUUGCGAACACACAGUCAGAAAGCCAUGGACUUGGAAGCUCCCAGCCUGAGGAUGGCCAAGCUACAGAGAACCAAAGCUGUAGUAAGAGCAAGCCCAGUGCAGCUCUGGCACAAACAGACGCCAAAGACCGGGCCUUGCUCAGUCCCGUCAGAGAAAAGGCCAAGCCUAAAACAGGCCAGAAAGGUCCGGAUGGUAAGGGUGCUAAAGUGAAGCCCCCCGCUUCAAUAGAUCUGCCUCCUUCGAGAAGAAGCACAGGCAAGAAACAACCGAAAAAAAUUGAACAGUCCUCCAGCAGUGAGGAGCACAACUGGCCCAGACCUGGCAACUCCAGCACUACCCCAAAGGAAAAAGAACCUCCACCUUUAGAACCUCCCAAACCUAGAGGCAAGGCCCCAGGGGGCAAGACUGCCCCUAGAAAGGAACCUCGAUCAACUACAGUAACCACACCUGCUGCCCCCACCACCUCGACUAUCAGCACAGCUCCAGACAAGAAAAAGCACAGAGGGCCGAGUAAGAUCAUUCCCAAGUCAAAGGAGUUUAUUGAAACAGAGUCGUCAUCAUCAGAGUGCCAUUCGGACACUGAGGACCUUUCAAAAGUGCUUCUUCCCUGCCCUGGCCCUAGCAGCCUGAACUUUAAAUCUAAAGACUGUAACAGCAAUAUCCUGAGUGUCAGCAGUCUUGCCAGCACCAGCAGUACCUCCAUACCUGACCCAGCAGCCACUGAUCUACUGGAGGAGCCCCUGUUCUCCCCUAUCUCUAUGGUCCAGAAUGAGCUUCUGUCACCGCUUCGAGACUUUGAGGACAUCAAGUCCCUUUGGGUCAAGAUUGAACUCAGCCUACUGUCACGGAUUCCUGGGCAGGAUCCACCUGAGCCACUCCCUGUAAAGGCUGAGUGUCGAGAGACCAGCUUCAAGCACAGAAGACAGCAGUCACCCGCCUCCAUACCAUCAGAGAAACCCGCCAACAAGUCAAAGAGGAAACACAAGUCAGACCACUGUGAGGUGUUAAGCGGGACCAAGAAGUUAAAAGUGGAGAAAGAGGCCCUGCUCCUCCCUCCCUGUAUCUCUCCCAUCCACAACCACAAAGUCUCCAACACAAAAGAUUCUUCGAAGAAACAGCCGAGGAAGCUCCUUCCACCUCUCCUCUCCCCGUUGUCGGACGAGCCCGUGGGCCGUCAAAGAAGAAGCAGCGAGAGCAGUUCUCUCAGUAUGGAAGGAAGCACAGCAGUUCCUACAACCUUACCCCCGACACACUCACUCCCACCUUCUUCCUCUUUGUCAUCCUCAUCGUCGUCUCACAAGCACCGCAAAGGAGAGAGCAAGUCUCACUCGAAGACCAGCAGUCAGGAGGAAGACAGCCAUGCGAAGACCUCCGGGGGUUUCCACGCCAAUGGUCAAUCCGAAUCGAGCGUGUGGCCGAACCCGUCGGGUCUGUCCGUGGAGAAUAUGGAGCACAGGAGACCUAAACUCACCUUCAACAACACUGUUCACAACGCGGACUACUACAUGCAGGAAGCCAAGAAACUAAAGCACAAAGCUGAUGCGCUGAUGGAGAAGUUUGGCAAAGCUGUCAAUUACGCAGACGGUGCGCUCUCCUUCAUCGAGUGCGGGAACGCCAUGGAACGAGACCCGUUAGAGGCCAAGUCGCCGUACACCAUGUACUCGGAAACCGUAGAGCUCAUUAGGUACGCGAUGAGAUUAAAGAACUUCACCAGUCACUCAGCCACGCUGGCGGAGAAGAAAUUAGCGGUGCUCUGCAAUCGGUGUUUAUCCCUGCUGUACUUGCGGAUGUUCAAACUGAAAAAGGAUCACGCGAUGAAGUAUUCACGCUCCUUAAUGGAGUACUUCAAGAAUUCAGCGAAAAGUUCCCAAGCACCUUCACCAUGGGGCUCAAAUGGAAAGACCACAGGAACACCGUCUCCCAUGUCCCUGAGUCCUUCCCCCAUCAGCUCGGUCAACAGCAACGCCGGAGCCAUGGUUUCUUCCUCCUCGUCCUCUUCCUCCUCCUCCUCAGGGAGCGUGGCCAUCCCGCAGCGCAUCCACCACAUGGCCGCCAGCCACGUCAACAUCACCAACAACAUCCUGCGCAGCUACGAGCACUGGGACACGGCCGAGAAGCUGGCCCACGAGAGCCAAGAGUUCUUUCAGGAGUUGGACUCAGUGAUGGAGCCCCUGACGCAGCACAGCAGCAUGACUGACCUGGUGCGCUACAUCCGCCAAGGACUGCACUGGCUCCGCAUCGAGGCACAUUUGUUAUAGUGCUGGAGCUUUUCACUGUGCUCUCUCUCUCUCUCUCCAUCUUUUGUGCUCUCCUUCUCUCUUGCUCUCCCUCCUGACACUCCUUCCAUCACUUCCUCCUUCCACCAGCACUGCCGUCUCAGAGCUGCUCCUACGCAAACAAAGCUGAGGAACGAGUGGAACACAAGGUGCCGUAUGACUUCCUGGAGAUCUAGAGCACAUUGUGAAAGACUGCCAAAACUGUCAUUGUAUUCAGAACAGAAAAAAAACAAAAACAAAUACACUUCGGCUCGCAGCUGUUAGAGGAUGUGUUGAGUCAUGUGACUCAACCGGGGCAGAAGCUUGAGACGGGACAGUAUCUUAGUUUUUGAAUCUGCGCUCUCGUAUUUGUACAGUGUACAUUAUUUCCUAUAAAGUGAAAGCAAGGGCGAACAAGUGCCCGGUGUGCAAUCCUUCUCUAUGUCAGUAUUGUUUCUUUGUAUUACAUGUCGAUGGCUUUAUAAAAACGAUUGUAAAGGACUGGGGUUCAAAGGAGUAGCAAAAUUUUAAAAAAUGAAAAAAAAAAAAAAGUGAUUCAACGUUUAAAGGAAAACUCCACCCUGAAUGACUUAAAUGUUAAUAUUUCAAAUGAACUCUUGUUUUUUUUUUUGUUAGUUUUUUUGAUGAUGUCAAAUAUUUAUUUGGUCAAGUCUUUUCUUGAACGGUCUUGAACCUUUUCCUACGUUACCCGCAAUGCCAUUUGAUUACCUGCAGAUAUCGGUGCCAGUGUGAAUUCGAUUAUCUAUCUAUAUGGCGGUGCUGCCUGGCACAUCGGGGAACACAUAUACAUCAUGGCAGUUAUUUACAGGGUCGGGUUGCCAGCUUGACGCCCGAGCACUUGGAGGUGAAGCACCUUGAUCAAGCACCCAACAGUUGCAGCGAACCAGAGCUUGGACCAGGGACCUUCUGAUCAGCACUCUGUUCACCACCGAGCCACCCAGUAUACCCUAUAAUCUAAAGACUGCGAUGCGGCAUUCAGUAUUUUAGUCUAACCAGCUCUUUUAAUUCCUUAUCAGUACAUUCUGCUCCAGGGUUUCAUGCUAACAUCAUCACAUUAGUCAUCUUAUAGAUCACUAAGUAGGUGAGUCUCCGGCAUAACUUGUUGGCGGUGGUUGUACGGUAUAAUGUUUGUUUUGGUCCUCCCUCUACGUUGGAUUUAUUAAAAACAUGAAAUCGAUGAAAGAUGAAAGAGAAUUUUUUGCCCUUUUUUUCUCUAUCGCUUUCUCUCUCUCUCUCUCUCUCUCUCUCUCUCUGUUGCAUCUUGUCGGCAGCUUUUAAUCAGCUCUGCUAGCAAUGUCUUAAUGUGACGUUCAGCUCAGCAUGAACUCUCGCAGGAAUAACGAAAACGCCGCAUCAACCAACAAACCACCACAAGAAUCACCAAACACACAAUAUUUCCCAAUAAAAUAAAUGAAAAAAGACUUCAGGGUGGAUUUUUCCUCUAAAUUCCCCUUUUUUAAUUGCUGUACUUUCUACAGUGCCAUAAUAACAACCAAUAAUAAGUAGCACUCCUUAUGGCUUUAUUCCAAAUCUGAUUACUGUGAGGGGACCACAUGUUUGAAAAUUGUCCGAGAGUUUAACGGACGUCCGGUAGACUUCUCCAGAACACACACACAUAGGACAUCAGCGUCUCCUUGACACAACGGCCCUUUUAUCUUUCCGAUAUGUACCAUAAUGACUGUGUUCUAUAUGACGACUCUUUUACUAUUCGUUGUUUGCAUGUUCACAGAGGGUGUUAUUAGAUAGUUCUAAGAGAGUCCAAACAUCAUUAAUAAUUAUUCAAAAUUCUGUGCUGUUUUUUUUUUUUUUUUUUUGUCGCAUCUUGUCGAUUUUCAGGCAGGCAGCUUUUAAUCCAUCUCUGUUGUUUUGACUCGCAAAAAGUUUAGUGCCUACUGUAGUACUUGCCCCCUACCCCCCCCAAAAAAAAUAUUAUAAUAAUAAUAAGAUAAUAAUAUGAUCUGUAGCUCACAUAAACAAACUUGUAGCUCACAAAUGUCAAAGUGUCUUGACACUUUUUUUUUUUUUCAUUUUCGGUAGCGGCCUCUUAAUCGCCGAUAACUUUGUGUUUUAUUAUCGGUAGUAUGCUGUUGACAUGCUGUCAACAAGAUGUUUCUCCAUGCUCUUCUGUUCCGAUCUAUCAGCGUAGGCGUGCAUGACCGUGUGUAAGGUGUGCGUGAACGGGUGGCCGUGGUCAGAUUCUCAGCGCCAGCAUCAGUUCCAUUAAGCUCCUAGGUUUCACUGAGAGUCUUGACAUGAGUGUUUGUGAGAGAGAAUGAGAGGUAGAGACAGAGAGAAGCGUGUGUGUGUGUGUGUGUGUGUGAGUGGGUGUGGAAAAGUGACUUUCACCAAGAAUAUACAAAAGUGCCUGCGUAUGCAAUGAGAAUUUAUUAGAGUCUAUAUUUAAGAACGAGAGCGAAUUGAAAAAUCUUUCCAUACCAUAUUGGUAUAUUCAAUUUUUUUUUCUUUUUCAUACAACCACAAUUAUUUAUUUGUGUGCUUCGUAUUAGCGAUGGUAAAACCUGGGGUGUUUUUUGUUUUUCGCGUUAACAAAUUUCAAAUGUUGCGAUAAUGAAAUUAAAAUAUUUCCGAUUGCAUUUAUGCUCUGAUGAUGCUAGGAAUUUCGUCUCAACAUUAUUAAACAUUAUUCAAAAUCAUCCACCAGACAGAUGUGCUAAUUAAAACAUUGUUUUAAGACAUAUUAAAAUCAAAGCUGCUCUGUUUAACGUCUUAAACUCUUUCGACUCUCACUAAGUACUGUAGUAUAUUUCUUCCCUCAUACCAUCUCUACUGAACAUUGACAGAAAAAUUAUGAUCGUUAAAUCAACGAGCAAAGUGUGCAUGUAAGAUCAGUGUCAAUAUUCAGCGUAUAUUGGAGCCGGUCGUGAUUUUUACUGUCUGUGUAUCUUUAUAGCGAGCUGUAUAUUUUAUCACACAGCAAUUCACUAAUCCACAUAUAGUGCAAUAUAAAUACUACCGAUUCAGCUUUAUAAUCUCAAAAUAGCUUUCUAAAAAAAAAGUAGUGCACUACAAAACACUGACUCAGUUGCUUCCUGCUCCGGCUUAGCUGUUUCAAAUUCACAGCGAAUUUGACUUUACAAUUAUUUAAAGUGCUGUGCAAAUGUCUUGAGCCACACCUCAAUUUCUUUAUGUUCAAUUAAAUUAAAUGAUGUAGAUUCAAUUAAAGGAGUAUAAAAAGGUUUUUACUGUAAGAGGCUGCGCAGUGCCUAAAGAUACACUUUAAAAAUUUGUUGUUUAUGUAACAACAUCAGCAGCGACCUCGUUUCCCCUCUCAUCUGUUCCAGCAUUCAGCGUCUCCAGUGUACUAAUCACCAGCCUGAUCACGGGUCAUCAUCUCACUGGUUCAUGCCUUAAGUAGAUGUUUUUUAUACUAGACAAUUCAUAUGUUAAUGUGUGCUUUACCAAACAAAAAAAUAUUCCUCCUGGUCAGUGAAAAUGAGAGCCAAAAAAGUUCUUCAGAAAGCCUGGAGAACUAUUCCUCAAGACUAUAAUAACAAUAAAAAAAUUAACAAAACAACAUAUGGGAAACAAGGGAUGUCUCAAAACUUUUGCGCAGUACUGUAAGUAGAGGAAUGAUAUCAUAUUUGUGUCUAGAACAGGUCACCUAGAGAUUGGCCAAAAAUCAAAAAAUCGUUACGAGAAAUUUCACUAUUAGACGUGCUUAAAGGUGGGUCUAUUUCAAUCUGAAAAGAAAUACAUCAGUGUUAGUCAUUAUAAUUGAAACAUGUACUUUUAAGCAUAAAACUAUAUGUCUGGUUACUUCUUGCAUAUCUACAUAAAUUAGUGUUACAUAAUUACACAUUACAUUGCUGAUAAAGAGCUAACUGUCGCUUCCAGCAAGUUAAUGUUAGCAUUGCUUAACUAUUUACAGCAUUAAAUUUAAUUGACAUUUUAAUUAGGGACAUACAGUACCAAGCCAUACGUGUCUAACAUCACUGUGGAUAGAUGGUCUGUUUGGUCUGUUUGCGCACUCUAAAACCAACUCAUUCUCCCUAUGUCUCUUAUAUAUAUACACAGUAAUACUGGCCCAAAUUGCGCAUUAUGCUGUCCUUUCAUAAGGAGAUCUUCGCCCAUCCUGGUUGGGAGGUGGUGUAUGGUAAACAAGAGCUGGCUGGUGGGUGGAAAGUGUCAAGUGAGCAAAUUGGGAAGAAAAUUGGCAGAAAUGUACAUUUCCUAAAUGUGAAACAAUCUUUUUUUUCAUUAUUCAAAUAUCCUAUUUAAAUAGCUUUAAACCUCAAUAGACCUGUGCUCCAAAGUUGCUUAACAAAAUUAAGUUUUUCACAAAUUCUCCCCCCAAAAAAAUGAAUGCAUUGCUUUUUUAAUAUGUCAUAAAGCAAGUGUAUAAAAAAAAGCAUACAUCAAUGAGGGUCUUUAUUUAUUUAUUUAUUUAUUAACAUAGAAUAGUUUCCAGACCAGUUUCUAACCUCAUCAGAGCAUCAGCGUUUUUGUACAUAUGUAUUUUUUACAUCAAUGUCAAUCACGAUGCCUUGGGACUAAAGGAAGCAUGUGAGGGAAAACAUGGAGCAGUUAUUCCCGUUGGUCUUGUUAGGUCUGUUUUUUUUUUUUUUGCUUUUCUUUUUUUUCGUCUCCUUAUGUACAGUACAGAGUGGUGCUCUAUAUCAUUUGUGUGUUUGGUGUUAAACGUUGUGUCAGGUCGAGGUGUUGCGUUUGACCUUACUCAAUCUCUUGCCUUGAAGCGGUCGCAGAUUUACAUAAGCUCUUAUCCGCUGUGGUUUAUUAUUCAGAAACCCUCCUGCUACUUCAUUACAUUUCAAUUCAAUUUAUUUCAAGCAUCAUUUAGAGUGUGGGUUGUUGUGUUUUUUUUUUUUCUUCUUCUUCUUCUUCUAUUUCUGUAAAGUGGUGUAUACAGCUUAUCAACACUAAAGGGAUUUUUCAGAAAAGAAAUGUUUUUUAAAGAGAUUGUUUGACAUUUUUUCCAACAAUUCAGUCAUCGAGUUUGCGCGUGCUGUUGCGACAGUUUCUGAGCUUACAGUAGCAUAAUGAACGGAAGCCUAAAAUAGUUCAUGGUUUUAAAAAAGAGAUCACUUUUAAAGGAAUAUUCCAUUCAUUUCUUCAUUUUAUUAAAAUGUUUCCAUAAAGUUUAUGUUUUUUUUUUUGUUUGUUUUUUUCUUUGUAGCAUCUCUAUAAUGUAUUUUUUACAUUCCCUACACAUGAUUAGCAGGAUAAAAUGCCUAGUUUAAUUGUAAAUGUUCACACAACUGUAUAACAACAAAAAAAUAUAAAAUUUUUGUUCAAUCUAUGUGUCCAUAAUAUAUGGAUUCAGCUCAGCCUGACGUAUACAGUAAAUGUCCGCACCUUUUCAUUACCGUUAUUAACACUGCAGGAGGGAAAAACGAGUGCAUUCGAAAUUUUGACAAAAAUGUGGAACCAUCCCUUUAAUGUGAAUUUUAAACGCCCAUGGAAUGGAUCAAACAUCUAAUAAAGACUUUAUGUAUCAGAAAGCGGAGAGAGUGAAACCCCACAUUUUGAUAGCUUUGGGGGGAAAAUCAUAACUGGAGCAGUUUUCCAAAGAGAUGUGGCUUUUAAUUUGGCUGCAUAUAAAACUACAAGAUGAGACGUGUUAUCUUUUGGCCUUAGAUCUCUAUUAUUUAGGGAAAGUUUAAAAGUUAUACUUAAUCCAAUAGAUGUUGAGAUAUAUAUGUAUAUCAAAAUGUCAAAAUCGUUCAAACGUUUAACGUUACCACUUGAGAUAGGAGAUUUUUUUUUUUUUUUUUUUUUACAUAUUAAACCUACACUUAAUAAAAUAAAUCCAUGAAGUGCUUCACUGCUCCCCGUUUGCCUGAAGGAUUUGGUUUGAUAUAAAGAAAGAGCAGGGUUUCUACUUCAACUCAAUAGCUUUUCGUCUCAUUGGGGUCCUGACUAUUUAAACUGUACGACUAAUGUACACCUAAACUCCAAUGACUGAAGAUAUCAAUGUUCUGGCAUGCUGUAGAUUUUAGUCUUUCCUUUUAAUUCCUGUUUUCUUUUUAUUUUCUUUGUACAUAGCAGGGGCACCUGCACAUUUCUACAUGUAUAGUUGUAAGAAUUCAUUUUCAAAUGCGUUAUGUAUCAAAGAAUCUUCCUGCCUGGUUAGCUUUGUAUUUCAAAUGUGUUGCACAAGUUCAGCUUUUUUUUAUUCCUUUUUUUUUUUUUUUUUUUUUUUUUGCCUAUUGUAUGUUUAUUUUAUAAUAAAAUAGACAAAUGUAAUAAACAAAAAAAUGAGAUGUAGUUAUGCUGUUUUUAAAUGUUUAAUGUCUGUAUAAAAAAAAGCUGAAUAAA